UUUCUCAAUGUUGAUCAUUGCAGAAUAUUAGCUGUUGGAGAGCACUGGCAAGUCAGAGUUGGGUCAGCUUGAAGCUGGAGAUUUUCUGGCUAAUGGUGAGACCUAACUUUGCCUGCCUAGCGAGCUACCUCCAGCCCAACUUCAACAGAGGCCGACGUUGUCCCUAAAACACCUCUCUACUACAUUGACUAACAAUUUUACAGAUACCUAGUUUUUACAUGGCUUCUCCGGAUAAACCGAAACAAAAUCCCAUUUCAACCGUGACCGGCGGCGAAGUUCACCAAGCUCCCAACCUCAGCCACCAAGAAAACUCCUCUUUGGCAAAACUAGACAAGCAAGAUGACUCUGAGGCAUGUGUCAACGGACAAAAUGUGCAGGCUAGAUGGCCACAAGGCUGGUUAAAGAACGGGAAUCGGGAUGUCCGACGGUGCCCUUUUGCCCCCUUGAGACCACCGGGCACUCUUCUCCGGGAAGAGAGGAAGAAGCAGAUGGAGUGGGCCUCCAUGUGGCUGAAUGAGGGGAAAGGCCCUAACACCCGUGCCUAUUCAUCAGGUCCCCUCCGUCCUCCUCUGGGGCCCCCACCUGUCCCAGCAGAGCCAUUAGACCCUAACAACCAGAGGAAGCAGCAGGCCAAGUGGCAAAAAGUUAAGGGUGACGUUCCCAUCUGCCCACCUCUUGGCAUUCUAAGACCUGCUUCCGAAUCUAAUGUGCAAAAAAGAGAGCAACUGCGAGGUGACCACAAGCCCCCAGAGAACCCUGGGAAUAAUGCUAGAGGUGCCAUGUGCUUACAAAAUGGGAGGAGCAAUCAAAUGGCUAGGGUUUCCCCCUGCUCUUUAAAGCAUCCCCUACAGCCACCACCCAAUAACAUGCAGGGAAAUGGCAAGGGUUUCCCACCCCGUGGGCCACCAAUGCCCAAUCAAGAGCAGGUACAAUAUCCUGCUAUCACCCAAGGGGGUCCAUGGCCGCCUAUGGAUAAUUGGAUGCAACCCAUCCUAUUUGCAGCUUGUAUGCCACAAUGUUACAUGCCCAAUGGACAGGGCUCUUUCAAUCAAUAUUCUUCUCCACCCUAUAAUAUGCCAUUUCCUUUUCCCUUCAUGAAUUCCCCAACCUUUGUUCCUUUUUUGCCUCCCUAUAUUUUUCCUUCCCCUCCUAUCAACCCUCUACCUUUCCAUGGUCCUCCUUACCCAAACAGAAGGAACAACUGAAGCCUGAAAGAAGUAUGGGGAAGUGAAAGUAUAACUUCCUUUUGUUAUACUUAUAUUUGGAAGAAUUUCCCUCUAGUUAUUAUGUCAAAAGGAAACCCAAUAAAAAGUUCUGAUACU